CUCGAUUCUAAUCAAUCAAUCAACCAAUCUCAACUCAACUUCACCAUCGAACUUCAACUUCUCUUGAAUCACAUCUCAUCCUUUUUCUAUUUUGAUCUUAAUCCUCUUUCUUUACUUACUUCUUCUAUUCAAUAAAUCAAUCCAUCAAUCCAUCAACCAAUCCAUCAAUCAUCAACAGUUUUGAUCGAAUCAUAAAGACACUUUUUAAAGAUAAUCAAUUCAUCAAAAAUCAGGGAAAUCCUCUGCUCUGAUGGAGGUCUUGAACGUCUCAUCACCAUACUCAGAUCAACUGGAAAACGGAUGCGAGAACAGCGUCACUCUUCUCGAAGUCCAGCUAUUCCAUUACCUUCAGGUCAACAUCAAGCACUCGCUCUACAAGAUACAUCCACCCCUCCUCUCUCUCAGCCUUCAUCUAGUCGUGUUCGUCCUGAGGUUCGAUCAUCACCGUUUAAAUCUUUCAUCAACCCUCCCUCAACUUCUCUCUCUGAGAUCCCUGCUUUUGAAAAUCAACCCCUGGCUGCUCAUCAAGCUGCUACCGUUGGGCUGAGUAAGGAACAGAAACAAUUACUCUGGACUUGGAGUCUCUCUUUUCAAUGUGUAGUCAAUGUGGGUGUAAGAGGUAGUGAAACAGUUCGUACGAGGGUAGUCGAAGCUGGGGUGGUACCGGUGAUCAUCAGUGUCUUGGGUGGAUAUUUGCAUGAAAUGGAACGGAUCCGUCAACAAUCUGAGGCUCGCGAACGUGCUCGUCGCAAAGCGGCCCUCAUCAUCGCUUCUCAAACAUCUUCAAACUCCUCUCUCAACCGCUCGCUCUCACCUGCUGACAUUCUUCGUCCACCUCGACCUGUUCUUUCCCCUCGUACCCUUCUCAACCCCAACUCUAGACCUACUCAAAAUCUACUUGCUCUCACCGCACCAACGAGGUCCACCAAUCCUACGGGCCUUGCUACCAGCGUUACCAAUGCUCGCCCCUCACCCCCUCGCCUCUCCAUCUCAGGCCGUAGGAGUAGUAUGACAUCUACUCCCCUGAAUAACUCACCUACUCAGUCUCAUGCUCCCUCUACUAGUCAGCACAAUGCCACCGCCCAGCUCAGCGCGCGUAGUGACGGAAGUGGGACUAUUGGCCCUCAUCCUACUCAGCACGAACUUAAUCCUAUUGCUAUCAACUCUUCAACUGACUCGGUUUUCCGGACCGGAAGCAUCUCUCCCUCUUCAGUUUCUUCUUCCUCCUCACUUGAAACAUCUCGAUUAUUGACUGCUCACCUCAACCCAGCACAGCAUGAUCUGGUCCGAACCAUUACACCUGACACCUUACAAUCCACUUCAGUUGGUGGAUCGGGUUCAGAAGUCGAAAUGAGGGAUCCAUCAGUCCCUCAACCCGAUCAAACCACUGAAAACCAAGCCGAGGUUGAAUCAAUGGACGAAAAUGAUACACACGAAAAUGUAGAUGAUGUAGUGAUGGAACUUGAUGGUGACAGUGAACCGGGCCCAAGCAAUCUUUCCUCCAGAGAUCUUAACAACGCUCGACAUCAGACUCGGCGUGCAACUAUCAAGGGCAAUCGAAGGGCUAGCGUGGUCCGGAUCACUCCUUUAGGACCUCCACCCACCACCGUCACAGAUUUGGAUGACCGAUCUUUUUCCAGUCACGCAGAUAACGGAGACACACCAAUGGAAGGCAUCGAAACAGAUGAUACCGCUGCUGCAGUGGCCAAUGUCACCCCGAAUGCGAAUAGGGAGUUAUUCACAAAUCAUCAAACUCCAAGAGCAUCAUCACACCCACUUCCCACUCCUAGUACUAUCACCCAACGUCAAGUUCAUCCACCAGCUAGACAUGACACUGAUAGACAGUCCGAAGAUAAUGAAGACGUUACCAUGGCGGGUCCAUCAGAUCGACCCCUAACUCGUUCUGAUCUUCGUUAUCUUUUGAAUGACUCGCCUCCUCAAAUUUCUCCUACCAGAACAAGACCUGAGAACGAGGAUGGUCCAGCUUCACCUCAACUACAGAGAAUCUUCUCAGAGGCUAGCGUUUCAGAUCCUCCUACUGACUUUCCCGGCCGUCCUUUACCACCUGCGAACCUUCCUACCAUUCCUAUCACUGUCACCAACGCUGGCACACCUCCAAUUCCCAUCACAACUGGUGCCACGGCCCCGAUCGCAAACCCUACGCUUCAAAACCCAGCCUCUCCUACGACCAGCUCAGGCUCAUCCAUGUCACUUGGCUUCAGAGAUGAAGACGUCCUGCUAGCACUGCAAUUAUUAGCCUAUCUAUCCAAGUAUCCGCACGUGCGAGCUUACUUCCAUGAACCGGCUAGUCGUGCUACAUUGGAACUAACUUACGGAUCCAUGCUUGAAGCUACCCGAGCCCUUGCCCGAUUUAUUGGACGUUACAAAUCAGAUCGAAAUGAACGUGAGCGAGCCAAAGAAGCUAUCAUCGCGGCGGGCGGAGGUCCAAAUGCUGGUCAUCCAUCUGCCCGGCGUUCUGCCUCAAUGCAACUUCCGUCCGGGGAUUGGGCCGGUGGCUUACCAGCAGGUGGUGCUAGUGGUAGCUUACCCGGCUCUUUUACCACACCUCCUAAUCGUAAUCCAGUUUCCGAAGGACAACAUUCUCGCCUUCAUCGGGCUACGUCAACCAAUGUUAUGAGAGACCGCAUGAGUCGAACUGAAGCUUACGAACUUGCUUUCAGUAACCGUGAACCUGUUUACACUGCUGGACCUCCUUCGGAUCGAGCCAACUCGGCAUCGGGUAGAAAUGGACCUAAUCAAACUUCUCAACCCCCUCCACCAGUAGUGACCUAUUAUCUUGCUGAUCAUGAAGAUCUCAAUCAUCCAAGAGCUUCUGCAUCUCAUUCAUCUACAUCAUCAUCACGGAUUCAACCUCAACCCAUCAAUCCAUUAGCGACGAAUGUAUUUUCAUAUGUAGAAAGAUUCACACAUCGAAGACCCUCAACCGAUUCACAUACACCUGUGAUUCCUACUGAAAUCCAAUAUUGGGCAGGAGUGAUUAUGAGAAAUGCGUGUAGGAAAGAUGAUGAACGGGGUGGGAUUCGACAAUGUGCCAAUAUGCAAUGUGGUAAAUGGGAAACUUAUCCAAGAGAAUUUGCAAAGUGUAGAAGAUGUAGAAAAGCGAAAUAUUGUUCUAAACCUUGUCAAAGUAAAGCUUGGCAACUUGGGCAUCGGUUUUGGUGUUGUAUCAAGAGUGAUUUUGAGAAUGCUAAUGAGACUGCAGCUGGAGCACACGAAGCUGUAGCCAAUAAUAACGCCACAACUGAUGAGAUUCAAGCUGAGACGAUUACGGCUCCUAUUGUACCGACGGUCCAACGAGAAGUGAUUGAAGCCACCGAAAAUGAAACUAUCACACCUAUGGGAGAUGAAAGAAGACCGAUGAUUUCAGGUAAUACGAGUACUGGAAGUGUCACACGAGCCGGAUCGGUCAACGAAGAACCCAUGAUGAUUGUACCCCAACCUCAACCUACAAUCGAACCGGCUCAAGUAGUAGAUGCGGCGAUAGCAAGAUUAAGAACUCGAAGAUCUACCAUCACAUUAGUUAGGAAUAUCGAAACCCCACCUGAUCAAGAAAUUGCAGUAGGAAUUGCCGGGAUCAAUGCAGGAUUGGUUGAAGCUGCUAAUCGAGCCGUCUUGGAAGCUAAUAAUGGACCACCUGAUGAUGAUGAACGAAACCGGGCUAGAAGAAUGAUUGAACAGAGAGAUGAAGAAGAUGAAACUGUCGUUUCGGUUCCUCCUCCCGUUCAAGCUGGUACGAAUCCUAAUAAUAAUCAUACCAAUCGGAAUGGUAGAAUGUAAUGUGUGUGUGUGGUAUGUGGAGGAGGUUUUAUGAGGUCCUUUAGGGGGUGUUUUUCAACAGUGAAUGAGGGUAUCGAAUGGACGAUUGGAUGAUGUUUUUUUUUGUUCUGUGAUCAAUCUCAAAACCAGAAAUAGAUGUGAUAUGAUGUUUUUGAUUUCCAUGGUUUGUGUGUGAGUGUGUGUGUGGUGUGUGUGUGUUUUGCGUCUGUUGGGUGUGUGGUUUUUUUCUUUUGAAUUAUCUUGUUGUGUUUUUUUUUUGGUUGAAAUGGGAUAUUAAAGUGAUGAUGAGGUGAGGAUGAUUUGAGGUUUUUCAUUGUUGUUGUUGUUGUUGGUUCUUUUUUUCUGGUGAUCUUGACUUUUUUUUUACUUUGUUCAUAUAUAAAUACACAAUUAUACAUUCAAACCAUUUUUUUUCUCU